CUCUGUGCAGAAGAGUGCGCAGCCCCAGCAGACCGCUGUGGAACAAAGUAAUGCCAGGGAUUGUUUGCGCUCAGUAACAAUGUAACAACCUUCACAUUUGCGUAAACUUGGAUAACCUGUCUACCAAAAACUACAGUGGAUGCUUCCAGUCCACUUAACUUACUUGUUAAGCUUUUUGUUUUUGGACAAGGUGAAUCAAUCAUGGUUUGCAGUGAGCGCCGUACCGUGGUGCGCAGAAUACGCACAGCCGUUUUGGCACUACUGCUUUGCGCACAGGCCGGGUUUGGCUUCUCAGUCGCCGGACAGCAUGAAAGCACCUGCGAGGCCAACGGCAGCAUAUACUUCGUUGGGGAAUGGUAUUUUUUAGAGUCUGAUCACUGCACCCAGUGUGAAUGCACCACCGAGGGCUCCGCCUGUUCCCGCACCGACUGCACCGCUCUCCCGGCUGCGUGCAUCCAUGUCAGCCACUAUCCCACCGACUGCUGCCCCAGGUGCGAGAAGAUUGGGUGUGAGUACCGAGGAGUGGUGUACGAACUGGGGCAGAACUUCCAGCCGUCAGAAUGUGAGCAGUGCACUUGUGACAAUGAUGGCAUCGCCCGCUGUCUAGUUGCAGAUUGUGCCCCUCCACCAUGUGUCAACCCCGUCUACCAGCCCGGGAAAUGCUGCCCUGAAUGCAAGGAGGGUCCUAACUGCUACGUUAAUGCGUCACGCAGUCAGGUGAUUCCCUCAGGAGAGCCCAUCUGGGUCGACUCCUGCACCAAGUGUCGCUGUCACGAUGGCCAAGAUGCUGGAUACUGGGAGGGGAACCGUCUCGCCACCUGUUCCCGUCUCAAAAACUGCACGCCCGAACAACCAUCCACCCAGAAAAACUGAUUUACCUUCAGCACAAAACCAGCUGAAUCAAUCAAUACACAUCCUAUCUCUAAGAACAGGCUGAACCCUACUGUGCAACUGAACAUGUCAGUGGUAUAGCCAGACGUAAAGGAUCAUCUGCAACCUCAAACAUUUUUUUGGAACAGAGCUGAACGAGAACCAAAGAAAUAAUUAUAAAAACACUAAAAUCCAUCAGAGCAGAUCAGCUGCAACACAAGGACUGUUUUUAUUCAAGAAUUCUGCAAUUCUGAUGAGACCAAGUGAGUCUUUCACUUUGGUGGACACAGCUGCCCCAUUAUCAGGCCUUAGCUGCAUAUUAAAUCCGAAAUACAAGGUGGAUUCACAGAGCUCCGGGUUCACUGCAUGGCAGGGGGUUUGGCAAUUUGAUUAACUGCAAAUUUAUGAAGACAUUUUCUGAAGUAAAAUAUCGACAAAGACAGGCCUUGCAUUAUUAUCUAUGUUAGAUAAAAUGUGGUCCUGUUGUGCAGAUGAGCUCUGAGCAAUAUCUAGGAGAACUUUAUUAUUUUUAGUUGUUUGUGCUUCCAUGGUGCAUAUUCCCAAAUAAAGUUGUGUUUAUUCAGAUUACCACAAACUAACUGAGAUACAGAAACCUAGUGGCCAGGUAGUGUUACCCUCCAGCAUAGAGUACAUGUGGACUGGUUAGUGGAAGAUCAGUACUGGCCCCAAUUUUUACUCUGUGUCCCCUACUAGGUUAAUUUGGCUAUAUGUAAAGAACAGAUACGACUUGUAUCCUGCCAGCUAAGAAGAUGAAUUGCAGUCCUUGAAAACCAAUGAAAACAGUGAAAAUAGGGUUAAAACUAUUUCUAUUUAGUAAUAUGGACUGCAGUGAUGUUUGAUUUAGAGAUCCUUAAACAGCCUUGGGGCAGAACGUCUAUGUAAAAAUCCAUAAUUAAACAAAUCUGACAAGAACUAGAAAAAAACAAACUCGACCCUUGAAAGGUUGCUCACUCACUCCAGAUAUUUAACCUUUUUAAUUUGAUUUUAUCUGCCUGCCCACAGUAAACAACAAUAACAAAGCCAAUAAGAUUAUUGGAUGUUGAGAAAUUGUAUUUGACCUGUCACAGUUUGAUGCAGCACCCAUAUUUAUGCACAGCUGUGAUGCUAUUUAGACAAGGAAAUGGCUGAGCAAAGCAAUUAACAAUUUGUAACCGUUCUAUAAAUUCUGCAGUUCAACUUCCACGCUAAUUGAAAUACAAUGUGUGAGACUAUGGUCAAACAUAUGACUGUACAGUAGUUGUAGAUGAUGUAGCGAUUUGUGAAGUCGGUUUCAUUUAAUGGAAAGCUAUUUCUUCAUGUACACUGUAGAGCAGGAAAAACAAUCUGUAAUUUACUGCCUUAUUCAUUUUCCACGAGAAAGAAUGUGUAUCCUUUCAUAGAAACAGCCUUCAUUGUAAUUUCCACUAUUAUCAAAGCGCGCUGUUGUUAUUUACCUCCUACAGAGUGAUCUUCAGUGUGUGAUGAAAAGCAGCAUGAAGUGUCAUUUUACAUGCAGCACAUCUUCCUACCUUUAUGUGUCAUUAUCUACCACUUUAAUGAGGGACCUUUGAAUGGAAACCAAAAAUAAUCUUGUUGCUUAUGUGCGGUGUUGAACCCUAUAAUGGCAUUUCAUUUACUGCGUAUUUAAGACGCCCAAGCUGCUAGUUACAUGAUGUGUAUCAUUACAACUGACAGCUUUAAUUCUCCCUGAAAAGCUUCUUUAUGCAAGGUUUGGGAUUGCAUUUUAACUUUUAGGGUUAUGAUCACGUUUUAAAUCUUAUUUCAUCUUUAUGAAUGAAUACACUUUUACUGUAUUUACAACAUUGUCUAAGAAUGAGACUAAAUAAGAUCUCAACGCUGCUCUUACAUAGCUAUCAUCUUAACUCCUGAAUGAGCAGAAAGAAACAGGGUUAAAGGAAUUCUUUGACAUUUUAUUGCCGAGAGUUAGCUGAGAAGAUUGAUACCAAUGUCAUGCCUGUUUGGUAAAUAUGAAUCUAUAGCUAGCAGCUGGUUAGCUUAGCUUAGCAUAAAGACUUUAAACAGCUAGCCUGACCCUGUUCAAAGGUAGCAAAACCCACCAACAAGCCCCCUGUAAAGCUCACUUAUAAACACUUUAUAUCUUGUUUAUUUCAUCUGUACAAAAAACCCCAAAUGGCUUUUUACACUUUGGUUUAAAUAUGGCUUAAACAAACAGGAUACAACAUAAUCAUAAAGUGAACUUCAGAGGUAUCGAUGGGCAGAGUUUGUUGACUUUGGACAGAGUCAUCUAGCUUUUUCCACAUUUACAACCUUUAUGCUAAGCUAAGUUAGCCAGCUGCUGGCUGUAGCCUUAUAUUUACUGUACAGACAUAGUAGAGGGCUGUGUCAAUCUUAUCAUCUUACUCUCGGCAAAAAAGCUAAAAACUAUUCCUUUAAGUGGAGUUUCAAUUUAUUGCCUAAAAUAAAAGGGAAAUUAUAUGAAUUGCUCCCACAAAUCACGUGUCAUGCUGGUAAUAUAGACAAGCUCUACGAAACUUCUUGUAAAAGAUUCCAAAUUAAACCAUAUUUCUGUUCAAAAUCUCUCA